AUGGUGAGGACAGCCUUCAUCCCGGCCGUGUGGUGGGAGCUGGGACUGGUGGCCGCUCUGUGGAUGGCCGAGGACCGACGUUGGGCCGACGGGCGCCCGGGCUCCUUCUCCUAUGGGCUGUUCCCUCCCGUACAGUGCCCCUCUGGACGGGUCACCUGGGUGCCGUGCCCAGGUUUCUCCUGGGGCGUCGGCAGCUCGGCCUAUCAGACGGAGGGUGCGUGGGACCAGGAUGGGAAAGGCCCGAGCAUCUGGGACAUCUUCACUCACAAGGGAAAGAGCUUCCGGAACCAGACGGCCGAUUCCUCCUGCGAAAGCUACUAUAAAUUCAAGGAUGAUAUUCAGCUCCUGAGGGAUCUGGGCGUCAGCCACUACCGCUUCUCCAUCUCCUGGCCCCGGAUCGUACCUACCGGGGUGAGAAGCGACGGGGUGAACGAGCCGGGCAUCGCGUUCUACGGCGCCCUCCUCGACUCCCUGCUGCAGAGCCACGUGAGCCCCGUGGCCACCCUCUACCACUGGGACCUUCCGCAGGCGCUCCAAGAGAAGUACGGCGGCUGGCAGAACGCCAGCAUGGUCUCUCACUUCGAUGACUACGCCAACCUGUGCUUUGAGGAGUUCGGGGAUCGGGUGAAGCACUGGAUCACUUUCCACAAUCCUUGGGCCAGCGCGGUGGGCGGCUACGACACAGGACAACACGCUCCCGGGCUGAGGCUCCGAGGGACAGGGUCAUACAAGGCAGCGCAUCACAUCAUCAAAGCCCACACCAAGGCUUGGCACUCCUACAACAAAAGAUGGCGCAAGAAGCAGAAAGGGAAGGUGGGGAUCUCACUGACCUGUGCCUGGGGGGAGCCCGUGGAUGACACCAACCCCAGGGACGUGGAUGCCGCCGAGAGAUUCAUGGACUUUUGCCUGGGCUGGUUCGCCAACCCGAUCUUCGCCGGAGACUACCCCGAAGCCAUGAAGGAGAACGUGGGCCAGAAGAGCGCGGAGCAGGGCCUGGCGAGAUCCCGGCUGCCGCUCUUCUCUGCCCAGGAGAAGAGUUACAUCAAAGGCAGCGCCGACUUCCUGGGGUUGGGUCACUUCACGACCCGCUUCAUCACGGACAAGAUUCAGCCUUCCCGCCGGGGGCCCAGCUACCACAACGACCGCGACCUGGCGGAGCUGGCCGACCCGGACGGGCCCCAAGCCACCCCCUGGGGAUUCCGCCGCCUGCUCAAUUUCGCUCAGAUCCAGUACGGCAACCCCGACAUCUACGUGACCGAAAACGGAGUCCCCGAAAGCUUGCAGUGUGCCCAGCUGUGCGACGAGGGGAGAAUUCGCUUCCUCCGGGAUCACGUGAACGAAGUGCUCAAAGCUAUCAACGACGGAGUGAAUGUAAAGGGAUACACUUUCUGGUCGCUACUGGAUGGCUUUGAAUGGGAAAAAGGCUAUGCGGACAGAUACGGACUAUACUACGUUGAAUUUAAAGACAAGCGCAAGCCCCGGUAUCCUAAAGCUUCGGUUCAGUACUACAAGGAGAUCAUCGGAGCAAAUGGCUUUCCCAGUCCGAGAGAGGUGGAGAACUGGCAGACUGCAGCCACAGAGACCUGCUCUACCUCCAACCAACUCCAGGCUGCAGAUCCCUCGGUAAGCCCCGUGCAGAUGAUGACGGAGGUCGUGGUGCCCACGGUGUGCGCGCUUUGCAUCCUGAUCAGCGCCGUCUUCUUCUCCGUCCUCCUCCGGAGACCAAGUGGGCCAGAGCCAGCGUGAAAGGUGGCAUCUCUCGGCGUCUGGUGAAAGGGAUAAUACAGUGUCUUCAUCGUCGGGUCGAUUCAUAGGUUUGCGGAUUCCUUUUCCCUCUGUCACUGCAAUGAUAGGGGAAGAUCAUCUCUUUGCCAGACGCAGUCAAAGGCCAACCAUGUUAAGAGGCUGCAUUAACAGGGAGCUGGCUUGAGGGCCCUGUCGAUUCCUUUGGCAUAACUCAUUUUAUAAAGGAGGGGAGACAUUGGGAAGAGCCUACGCCUGAGCAACAACCAAGAUUAAAAGGGGAACAAAGGUUUAAGGACUGGAUGAAGGGAGUUUGGUCUGGAUCCGAGAGUUAUGAAGUGACUUCAGGUCUUCAAGAGCAUGCCAGGGUUUUUUCAGAAGGAGGGCUCUAGCCAAUUGUUCCCCGUGGCUGCCUAAGAGUGAGCCAGAAGAAAUGAGAGCAAGAGACCAUCACAGAGAGUUUGGGUUAUCUACAGUGCACAUUAUAUGAUAAAGGCUGCCGUUUCUGCCGCUAAGAGUGCUCAGAAAAUGGGAGCAUCUGAGGUGGAUUAGGGUAGCGGCCCGGUUCUACUGCACCCGGGCCAAGCCUGGAGACUGCUAGAAAGCCAAACCAGAUGGUCGUGGCUUCUCUGGCCAUUCACUUGCCCAAGGGAAGACCAUCCCUUCCACAGGUGUGCGGACUACCAGUAAAGCCAAAACUGGGUGAGAAUUAAGAAUGUGAAUUAUUAUGGAUGCACUUUUAUGGGCUGGGGUUCUUUUCAUUCUUCAGAUACAAGCAACUUUCGCUAGCAACGGUAGCUUCUUCAAGUAAGGAAGCUGCUAUAUAUUUAAUCUGAGUCCACAUUACUGACACAUUGCAAGGGACUUCUGUUAUUUUAGUUAAUCUCUUCUUGGGAACAAGGAAUAGAGUGUGUUUUUCAUGACCUUAAGAAGAGUAGAAAUGUGUUUUGUUUUAGGAUGCAAUUAAAACCACAGGCCAUGGGACCCGCGUCCAUCGAUAACACCAGAGGCGAGAUCACUGUCAGAUACUUUAGUCAUUUUUCUGGUGCUACUGAACACAAUCUCCAGGCGCUAAGAAAAACUUUUCAAAAGUUCUUUACAGUUCUAAAUUUGAUAUUACAUAUGCGAUUACAUCUGCUCUGGGAGGAUAGCUCCACAAAUCCGAGAAGACUGUGUGCUGUAGGACUCAAAAAUGUGCAAUCUCACUUCAGACUACCUAUUCAAAACUUUGAGACUUCCAAUUCUGUAUAUUGGCAUGAAAAAUGAAUGUUUCUGCUCCAAUUCAAAAAAAUAAGGUAUAGGAAGGAAAGUCCUAUUUCUUGAUGCUAUUUGAAAGGUUUUAUCUUGGUGGUACAUUCAAAUCAGUGACAGAAAAUAUGUAAAACCCAUGAAGCUUCUUUUGAAAUUUUAAAAAAAUCAACUGUUGAACAGAAUGCCCAGCUAGAUCACUUAAAUAAAUAUUUGUGAUGCAAACAAAAUAUGCCGGGAAAAUCAGAAGCUGAAUAGAAAAUACCUUUUCGGAGAGCGUAGCUGCGCUGUCAUGUAAAAUACACCCGACUGCAGUUUGCCGUUGUAGUGAAAUACAUUCUUUCCUCAAUGUUACUGUUAAAUGUUGAUUCAGAAAGAUCUGUAGCCAAAAAAAUAAAACCAGGUCAGUUUACAUCUGCUCUCACAAAAGGAAAAGGUACUUUGGAUCUGCUGUAGGUGACAGGUUUAAACGACCUGUAGUAGCUAACUGAAAGGAAAUAUCUUCAUUUUCUUGAAUGAGCAAGCUGUGAAUGUAGUCAGAAGUUGCUGAUGUGGGGCUUUUUUGUUGUUUUCUUCUUUUUGAGGCUCUGACUAUAUGAUGCACGUCAUUGUCAGGGCCUAGAAAGGGGGCUUCGCUCUGACAAGAGGUCUACAUCUCCAACUCAGUCCUGGGUAAGGGGACAGGCAGUGUUUCUGCUUAUUGCCUCCCACUACUCCUAAUAAGACCAUCCCACUUCUCUCACCUCUUCUGAUCCAGGGGAUGAAAAUUCCUGGUUUUUUGAAUUUUCAAAUUACAUUAUCCUGGAAUGCU